UCUUUCCCGGAAUUCCCUGUAUCUUGGCGGGUGGACGCGGUUUCUUCCUAUUUCGCCUCUGGCAGAGGCACACACUGUUCUCCGGUCCUUUGCACUGCAGGCCCCCAGCUCCCGAGCAGCUGCUCCGGUCCGCUCGCCUCCACCCGCAACAGACCCAUGGCGGAACGUGGGGAGCUCGAUCUGACCGGCGCCAAACAGAACACCGGAGUGUGGCUGGUCAAGGUUCCUAAAUAUUUGUCACAGCAAUGGGCUAAAGCCCCCGGAAGAGGUGAAGUUGGGAAACUGCGGAUUGCCAAGAGUCAAGGAAGGACUGAGGUGUCAUUUACUUUGAAUGAGGAUCUUGCAAAUAUUCACGACAUUGGUGGAAAACCAGCAUCAGUCAGUACUCCUAGAGAACAUCCAUUUGUCUUACAAAGUGUUGGAGGACAGACAUUAACGGUCUUUACUGAGAGCUCAUCAGACAAACUUUCAUUGGAAGGAAUAGUGGUGCAAAGAGCUGAAUGCCGACCUGCGGCCAGUGAAAACUACAUGAGAUUAAAAAGAUUGCAAAUAGAAGAAUCUUCCAAACCUGUAAGGCUAUCACAACAACUGGACAAAGUUGUGACAACCAAUUAUAAACCUGUUGCUAAUCAUCAGUAUAAUAUUGAAUAUGAAAGGAAAAAGAAAGAAGAUGGAAAACGGGCUCGAGCUGAUAAACAACACGUUUUGGACAUGCUAUUUUCAGCAUUUGAGAAACAUCAGUAUUAUAAUCUUAAGGACUUGGUGGACAUCACAAAACAGCCUGUGGGAUACCUAAAGGAAAUCUUGAAAGAAAUUGGCGUUCAGAAUGUAAAAGGGACCCACAAAAACACAUGGGAGCUGAAGCCAGAGUAUAGACAUUAUCAAGGAGAAGAAAAGAGUGAUUAAGAAGACUUCGCCAGCGUGCCAGCAGAACAACUAAAGGGCAGUGCGCUGAGGAAGCACCACCAAAACUCAGAUUCUUGAGUACCGUCUGUUGUAGGGGUGAAAUGACUGGAACUUUAAUUUUCCUAGGUAAAUUUUUUAAACAAUAAUUCUUGUAAAGUUACUCGAGUAUUGUUGUUUUUGUUUUUGGUUUUUUUUUUUUUUUUUUUUUUUUUUUGAGGAAAAAAAUUUAUUUAUAGGCUUGUAUUAAACCUAGAUUAUUCAGAAGGGGGUGAGGGGUUGGGGAGGUUAAGGUUUUUCUUUUUAAAUACUGACUUUUAAAAUGUAAGACUAGGAAAUGUUUUCUAGAUGAGGACUCUCUGUCCUUGUUUUCUCUGAGGAUCUGAGGUGAUGCAAAGCCGAAGUGAAUGGCAAAGCCAGAAAAAAGCGGUCAACUACAGAAAGACUUAAAGGGAAUAAAAAAACCAAAGUUCCUUAUUCUGA